AGCCCAUCAUCUCCAGAACCUGCUAGUCUCCCUGCAGAAGAUAUUAGUACAAAUUCCAAUGGCCCCAAACCCACAGAAGUUGUGUUGGAUGAUGACAGAGAAGAUCUUUUUGCAGAAGCCACAGAAGAAGUUUCAUUGGACAGUCCAGAAAGGGAUCCUAUCCUCUCUUCAGAACCUUCUCCUGCAGUCACUCCUGUCACUCCUACUACUCUCAUUGCACCCAGAAUUGAAUCUAAGAGUAUGUCUGCGCCCGUGAUCUUUGAUAGAUCCAGGGAGGAGAUUGAAGAAGAAUCAAAUGGAGAUCUUUUUGAUAUAGAAAUUGGAGUAUCAGAUCCAGAGAAAGUUGGAGAUGGCAUGAAUGCUUACAUGGCAUAUAGAGUAACAACAAAGACUUCCCUUUCUAUGUUCAGUAAAAGUGAAUUUUCAGUGAAAAGAAGAUUCAGUGACUUUCUUGGUUUGCAUAGCAAAUUAGCAAGCAAAUAUUUACAUGUCGGUUACAUUGUGCCACCAGCCCCAGAAAAGAGUAUAGUAGGCAUGACCAAGGUCAAAGUGGGUAAAGAAGAUUCAUCAUCCACUGAAUUUGUGGAAAAACGGAGAGCAGCUCUUGAAAGAUAUCUCCAACGAACAGUAAAGCAUCCAACCUUACUACAGGAUCCCGACUUAAGGCAAUUCUUGGAAAGUUCUGAGCUGCCUAGAGCAGUUAAUACACAGGCUCUGAGUGGAGCAGGAAUAUUGAGGAUGGUGAACAAGGCUGCCGACGCUGUCAACAAAAUGACAAUCAAGAUGAAUGAAUCGGAUGCUUGGUUUGAAGAAAAGCAGCAGCAAUUUGAGAACCUGGAUCAGCAACUUAGGAAACUUCAUGCCAGCGUUGAAGCCUUGGUCUGUCAUAGAAAAGAGCUUUCAGUCAACACAGCUGCCUUUGCUAAAAGUGCUGCUAUGUUAGGUAAUUCUGAGGAUCAUACUGCUUUAUCUAGAGCUUUGUCACAGCUUGCUGAGGUGGAGGAGAAGAUAGAUCAGUUACAUCAAGAACAAGCUUUUGCUGACUUCUAUAUGUUUUCAGAACUGCUUAGUGACUACAUUCGUCUUAUUGCUGCAGUGAAAGGUGUGUUUGACCAUCGAAUGAAAUGCUGGCAGAAAUGGGAAGAUGCUCAAAUGACUUUGCUCAAAAAACGUGAAACUGAGGCAAAAAUGAUGGUUGCUAACAAACCAGAUAAAAUACAGCAAGCUAAGAAUGAAAUAAGAGAGGAAAUUGAAGAGUGGGAGGCCAAAGUGCAACAAGGAGAAAGAGAUUUUGAACAGAUCUCUAAAACGAUUCGAAAAGAAGUGGGAAGAUUUGAGAAAGAACGAGUGAAAGACUUUAAAACUGUUAUUAUCAAGUACUUGGAAUCAUUAGUACAAACACAACAACAGCUGAUAAAAUACUGGGAGGCAUUUCUCCCUGAAGCCAAAGCCAUUGCCUAGCAAGAAGAUGAUUCCUGUUAAGAAGACAUUGGAUGUUUGUUCCAGUUAUGCUGAAUUCCACAAUGAAAUCAUUUAAAACAUCUAAAUAAACCACUAUAUAUUUUAUGAAUUACAUGUGGUUUUUUAUAUAUAUAUAUAUACAUGCAUAUAUAUAACCUCUGACAUUUUAUUACAAGCUGCAUGUCCUGACUCUUUGAAUUAAGUGGACUGUGGCAUGACAUUCUGCAGUUUGCUGAAUUGAACACUAUUGUGUCUUAAAUACUUGCACUGCAAAGUGCACUGCAAGGCCAGAAAAUUUUACAGUUUUUUUUCUUUAUUACAGUAUGUUCCUCUAGUAUGUUUAUCUGAACUUUAUGCAAUGAAUUAUCAAUGCAUUAAUAAAUGUUCACUUACACAUUCCUGUACAGAAAAUUAUGAUUUUGUGAUUGCAGUAAUAAAAUGAUAUUCCUUGUGAA